AUGGCUUCAGCAGUAGCGCCGUCGCCCGCGCCGAAGGAGGAGCCCGCCGAAACCUCCGCGACCGAAGUCAUCAGCCCCGCCGAUGCUCUAUACGACAAAUGCGCCCAACGGCCUGCGGGCCAAAUCUUCUUCCAGCGCGACCUUUCCAACAUGCAGGUCGCAGAUACUGUGGCUCAGCUAAUAGUGCUGCUGCAAGAGCUAUGCGACCGCCACUUAUUGAAGCUCAUGAGCCUCGAGGGCGAAAUGUGCUGGAAACUGAGGACAAGGGAAGAAGCCGACAAACUGCGACGACUCACACCCGACGAACGCCUCCUCUACUCCCACAUCGACUCAGUACAAGCCGACGGCAUCUGGUCCAAAUCCCUCCGAGCCAAAACAAAUGUCACACAACAGACCCUCACAAAAUGCCUCAAGAGCUUGGAGUCGAAGGACUUGGUGCAGUCGGUCAUGAGCGUCAAGUUCCCCAACCGGAAGAUGUACCUCUUGAAGCACUUGAAACCAUCAGAAGACAUUGCAGGUGGCCCAUGGCAGUCAGAGGGUGACUUCGACAUGGCACUGAUUGAAACAAUAUCGGGCAUCGUCGCUCAGCAUGUGGAGAACGAAACCUGCAUCAAAGUGCCCGGCAAUUGGAACGACUAUGACAGCACGGGCGACAGGACAGCUGCUAUCGCUCAGAAGAAGGCCGAGGUUCUGGGCGCCGUGCGAGACAUAGAAGAGGCGCCAGCCGUGAAGCCCUACAACCCCGCAAAGGACCCAAACACAUCCAAGCUCGUCCACCGACACAACCCGCAAUACCCGACAGCGGCCUCUGUGGCCAACUGGCUCAACUCGAAGGAGGUCCUGCGUGGCAAGACUGUGAGGGAGGACGAUAUGGAGCAACUUUUGGAGAUGAUGGUUCUCGACGACCGGCUUGAGAAGAUCUCUGGCACAAACUACCGCACCGUCUUACGCGCCACCGACACCAAGGUCUACAACGGCUUUGUGGAUGCGCCUUGCGGUAAUUGCCCUGUUUUCGAUCUUUGCGGAAACGAGGGUGAGAUCUCAGCAAGGACAUGCGUCUAUUUUGGUCAAUGGCUGGAGACUUCAUCCGAGGAAAUAUAG